AUGCAUUCAUUUUUCCGUCUCCCUCUACUCCUCCAUGUCAUCUCAGUCGUCGUUGGUGGGGUCAUCCCAUAUCUUUGGACCGUUGAUCCCACAUCACUAGAGCCAGAUAGGAAUCUCACCGAAGUGAUUCCAUCAGCCAACAACACUGCCCUCACCCAACCUUCACAUGCGAACCUUUCCGACCACAUCUCCUUCGUAGAUGUCAUCUACGACGGCGUCAAGCUAGUACGCUCUCGUUACAGCCGUGCAGUGUUUCGCGAAGCCAAAGCAGCUUCAAUUGUUGGCCCUACGACCGAUCCGCAUUACCUCACCGAUAUGCGUUUGGUCUUUAGCAUAACGCAGGGAGACUACCGCUCUGUCUACCUCGAAAUGACUGCAACAUGGCCCCGGUGGGGAGAGCCACGACUGACUACUAAUUUUCCACCAGGGGACUAUGGGGUGUUGCCGUCAAGGUUUGGCAUGGAUAUUGUAGACGCAGAUCGUCGGAUGAAAGCCGCGGGCUUCGGACAGCGGUAUAACGCCGUGGAUAUCAGAUGGCCUGCCUGGUUCCCGGAAGAGUGGCAGCAGGCUUUGUAUUUCUUUCAGAUGGAUGAUGUCGGCCUGGACUUUGUGACUGUGGGAGCGAGGGAUGGGCGAGUCAUCCCAUUUGAUCAUGCUCUGGACGCAGCUGAAAUAGAGUGA